AUGGUCUUAUUACUAGAUAUUGUGAUGGAUAAGUGGCUGAAACCUGGCACAACAAAAGAUCUGACGCAUGAUAUGAGUAUAGAAUGUGAUCAGAGUACUUCUCAAGACAUGUCCAACAUUUUGGUGCAAAACCCUAACCAGGCACAGUCCUUAGUUUCUCAAAGAGGGAAAAAGAGAAAGUACUGUGAUGGAUACAUGAAAUAUGGAUUUUCGUAUGUGGGAAAUGAAGACUGUCCUAAGCCCCAAUGCGUGGUGUGUGGGGAAGUGCUGUCAAAUGGUAGCAUGAAACCUUCCCUACUUUUACAACAUUUAGAAACGAAACAUGCUAACUAUAAAAACAAGGAAUAUAGUUUUUUCAAACGGUUAGCGGAAAAUAACAAAAGAUUGAAUCUGACAUCAUACAUCCUGUCAGGUAACAAAGAUUACAAAAACGCAGUUGAAGCUAGUUACCGUAUCGCAAAAUGUGGUAAAGGUCAUACCAUAGCCGUGAAUCUAAUAUCUCCCUGUAUAACAGAUGACGUUCGAUGUAUGCUUGGAGAAGAACAUGUGCGGAAAAUGACCACCAUCUCUCUUUCGAACAAUACAAUAUCUCGAAGAAUUGAAGAUAUGUCUGAUAAUGUUGAGAUGACAGUAAUAGGUAGAAUUGAAAGCAGUAAAAUUUUCGCUAUUCAAGUUGAUGAAAGUACAGAUGUUGCCAAUUGUGCUAUUUUGCUUGUUAUUGCAAGACAAAGUUUAGCAUGCAAGAACCUCCCUGGUGAAUUAAAACUUGUUUUGGAUGAAGCUGUGAAAGUGGUGAAUUUUAUAAAGUCGCAGUCCACAAACUCAAGAAUUUUCAAAGCUCUGUGUGAAGAGAUGAUGAGUCCUCAUUCUACUCUGCUCCUUCAUACAGAAGUAAGGUGGCUUUCUCGUGAUAAAGUACUUACCCGGCUGUUUGAACUUAGACAUGAAGUCCAGGUGUUUUUUGAAGACCAUACUUUCUUCCUUGCUUCCAAGUUACACGACUGUAAUUGGCUUCAGGCACUUUCAUAUUUAUCAGAUAUUUUCCAGAUUAUAAACAAAUUAAAUUUGACACUUCAGAAUAGCUCAAUAACGAUCUUCAAUGUCUCAGACAAAACUGAAUCUAUGAUUAAAAAAAUAGAUUUUUGGAGGUCAUGUCUUGAAAAUGGCCAAACUGAGGUAUUUGAAACUCUGCAUAAUUUCUUAUCUGAAAACAAGCUUAAUCUAUCCUGGGAAAUAAGGAAGAAAAUAAAUGAACACUUGAAUGGGCUAAAAUCGGGCUUCCAGAAGUACUUCCCCAAACUUGAAGAAGAAAUCUAUUGUAUUUCAAAUCCUUUUGAAGAACAAUAUGUCCAGGCAGCUAAAUUAUCAGUCAAGGAGAAAGAGAAGUUGAUUGAACUUUCAACUGAUAGUACUUUAAAUGCUGAAUUCAAAGGACACUUUCUUAUUAACUUUUGGGCAAACAUCAGCAGAGAAUACGAACAGCUUUCUGACAAGGCUCUUUUGUUUUUUGCCAUUUACAAGUACUGA